GUCAGGUAUACCCGGGAAGUGACCUCUACAACUACAGUCCACAGUCGUAUGGACUGUUAGUCCGAGGUGGACCUCCAGCUCCUAAACCUUGUCCUGCACAGACUGCUGACAAUGUAUACAGUGUGGGAAGUGAGAACAGAAUGAGAAAACACACAUGACAUAAUAAACACACACACACCAUUGACAAACACACAGCCACUGUUACAUUAAAUACAAAACAACAACAAAACAAUAGUGUAGUGUAAAACAAAGUACAUCACUGAUUAAAAAAAAAGCAUCCACUAUGCAGAGUGACAUCCCUAACUAAACGUGCAGAGAUACUAGAAGAAGGUGGAAUACGAAGUGUCCGUGAAGGCAUCACUUGACUGACAAUCCCGCAGCCUAAUCCACAGAGUGAGGAUGCAUAGCAGCACUGAUAUGUGUCGAAUGAACAUCGGCUAACUACUUCUUUCGGCUGUGAUUGACAAAAGCCAGCAGACACUUUGUUCACUGAGCCCUCGGAGCCUCUCUGAACCACAGACCGUCAGCUUUAACCGGGGAAAUCUCACCCAGACCGGGACUUCGCAGACAUUACGUUGGGACAAUGGAAUCUAAUGUUAUCCCGGACAGUAUCCGCCCUCAGAGGCUUCAGCCAGGGAUUGGAUUUGGUUCAGGACCGACAGGGACCCUCCGCUCCUCUCUCCGUCCCGGGGUUACGGUCCCCAUCGCGCCGCUGUUACCCUCCCCGGCCUCUCUGGCCGCUUCGUCCGGGCCUCCUCCUCCUCCGCCCCCGCUGCAGCUCCACAGCCUGUACGGCGGUGUCGGAGCGGGGCUGGGGCCGGGGGCUACCGGACACUGUAACCCGGGGAACCCGGCGGUGCUGAAGGAGGCGGUGGAGGCUGUGGUCCGCAGCUUCGCCAAACACACACAAGGUUACGGCAGAGUGAACGUGGUGGAAGCCUUACAAGAGUUUUGGCAGAUGAAGUUGACCAGAGGGGCCGAUCUGCGGAAUGGAGCUCUAGUUGUUUAUGAAAUGGUUCCCUCCAACAGCCCUCCAUAUGUCUGCUAUGUCAGCCUUCCCGGUGGAAGCUGCUUCGGAAGUUUCCAGUUCUGUCCCACCAAGGCCGAGGCGAGGCGCAGCGCUGCCAAGAUCGCCCUGAUGAACUCUGUUUUCAACGAACAUCCCUCCCGUCGCAUCACAGACGACUUCAUUGAGAAGAGCGUCAGCGAGGCUCUGGCCUCCUUUAACGGAAACAGAGAAGAGGCUGACAAUCCCAACACAGGAAUCGGAGCUUUCCGCUUCAUGCUCGAGUCCAACAAAGGAAAAUCCAUGCUGGAGUUUCAGGAGCUGAUGACUGUGUUCCAGCUGCUGCACUGGAACGGGAGUCUCAAAGCCAUGAGAGAACGACAGUGUUCCCGACAGGAAGUGCUGGCUCACUAUUCCCACCGGGCUCUGGACGAUGACAUGCGCACUCAGAUGGCCGCUGACUGGGUGAACCGCGAACAGAGCGUGGCGGCCACCAUCGCGCAGGAGGUGGCGUCGACAGAGCGGGAACUGGAGGAUGCCAGGCUGGCGGGCAGAGAACUGCGUUUUUACAAAGAGAAGAAAGACAUCCUGAUGUUAGCUGUGGGCCAACUCAACGCAGCCAACACCGCCACCCUGCCCUCACACUAAACCCAAUGCCCGUCGCGGAAACACACCUUCACACUCCGUAGUACUCCUGGUAACAGUAUUCAUAGAUAUAAAGGUGAAAUCGUCUGAACUCUUAGUUUUGUAUCUUGUGUUUCGUCAUGAGGACCAGGUAAUCAGGUCAUGAUUACAGUAUGCACAUCCAUCCAUCAAACAAACACUUGCCUCUUUGUGCCUAGUGAUUACAGGAUAAGCGGGGGUUCAGACAGGAUCAGGCGCGGCGGAAAAACCGACGGUCUUUCAAUUAAUUUCAGUGGGGGUCGUGUGUUCCCGCACCGGCAGCCCGGCGCAACGCAAGGGUUGCUGCAAAAAAAACGCACCGGCGUCCGGGAGAGAAGUUCAGCCAGAUUCAACUUUUGGGAAACCGGAGCCCCACGUCACGUUCCGCAAGCUUCUUCACAUUGGGAUCCAUCUGUUUUGGUUCGAGGAUAGGAAAUGAAGGAAAAGCUCCAGGUCAAAGUUCUUAUGGGCGUCUUCUUCUCUUCUUCUACUACUGCCACCUUUUGGUUUGGUAAUGCCACCAAAAUGACGUCAUGCGCCGAGCCACUCCCCCCCCACCACCGGUUCCGGUUUCCCUGAUCCUGUCUGAAUGCGCCUACAGUGCUUUUUUUUUUUUUUAAACAACCUGUAAAUGUGCUUGGCAUACCAGCUAACCGAGGUUUACAUGAUCUUUCAUUAUUUCAUACUGUAUUUACUCGAAGUAGACCUACAGAAGCAAAGCCUGCCUUUCAUCAGUGAAUGUACGGGACAUAAGUUAAUAUGACUCAUCAAAACCAAACACAUUUGAUCAAUGGAUCAUUCUGAAGUUUGCAUCUUUCAUGUUUUGGGUUUGUAAUAUUUUGGAUAAGUGAAUGGGUCUUCUCGAUGGCUGUGUCCAUUAAUGAAAUAUCACCACAAAACCUCUUCCAUAAUGGGUGCACAGCCUUGUCCUGCCUGUUGUAAUGAGACUAAUGUGGAAAUUGCGUCUUUAAAUAACACCAGAAUUCAAGUAAGCGUGAAACUUAUUGGCUCGCGUAACAAUUUGAGGGUACUUGGCUAAAAUGUCAGCGGGUGACUGAUUGCUCUGACAGCAGCUCAGGUUUUAUGAAAAAUCCGAUAGUGGACCAUCACUAUGUUUUCUUUUCUUUGUUUGUGUGUGAAGGCUUUUGACUAUUUUUACUGUUCAUUGUAUGCUUGGUGACCAUGACACUAGCUGAAUGUAUAUUUUCAACUAAAGGAUCUACGAAGCGAACAUUUAGACUAUUGAAUUGCUCUUGUGACAUGCAUUGUGUUUGUCGCGUGCAACAAACAGCCAAACAGCCAUACAGUCGUGGUCGGAGGUAAAAUGAGAAGGCCAAAAAAAAAACCCAAAAUACGAGUCGAGGGAUUUAACAAGCUGAUUCUUUAUGUGUGAGUCAGUUCAGUCAGUUCAAAGCAGUACCAGCACAUGUGUGGGUUGUGUUUUUUUGUGACAUACUGGAAGCAGAAUUUGUUUGUUAGCAGUGCUAGUGUCUGUCCAUGAGCUAAAAACAAAGUAUGUAACCCGCACUUAUCACCUUUUCACUUAUUUUUUACGUUGAAGGACCUGAUUUCGUUUAUACUGUAAAUGUGAUAUCUUCAUUGUUCUCUAUCUAUCUCAAAUGUAUUGAAUACAUUAUAAGGAUGAAGGCAUUUCAAUGAGUAGCCUUUUAAAGACCCCAUGUAAUGGAAGUGAGAGUUUAAUUGAUAAUGUGUGGCUCUGGUUGUAAGGAAAUGUGGGCAGUGAGUUAUGCAAGUUAAACAGCAGGAGGGCCCGUCGCGGUGCUGAAUGCUGGAUUACUAACAGCAGAGACUGAUUACACUCAAAUUUUAAGAGGCGGCAAAUAGAAGAUGAAGCAGAUGAGAGAUGGUGUAUGAUUAAAGCCAGAGCCAUUUUUAUUGUUUUAUAGCUGGGAUCUUUGUGCCUUUUUCUGAAAUUGGUAACAUGCAAUAACUAAUAUUUAGACAUGUGAAAACUCAAGUUUCAUUUCAUUUACUGAGGUCUUUAAAGGACGUUCUACUCUGCUUUACAGUGUUUUUUGUCAUUUCAUGUAAAGGUAACAUUACAGAUUAUAUGUUAAUUACAUGCUAUAUACUGUUACAGUACCUUAAAGAAAUAGUUUGAUGAUUUGGGAAAUCCUCUUAUGUGCUUUCUGGAGUCAGCAAUCAGACGAGAAGCUCAAUACCAACCUCUCUUAUCCGUGCAUUUAAUGUAAGGCACAGCCAACUUAGCAUAAAGACAGAAAGCAGCUAGCCUAGCUCUGUCCAAAGGCAAUAAAAUCUAUUCACACAGUGAACUUUCACAUGGGGUUGUGUGCCAGCUAUUUCUUGGUCGGGGGCGCAGUAACUUCCUGGAGUUUCUGUUGGUUGCCUAGCAACUUCUCAGAGCCAAGAAGUAGUUCAGCUGCUUGCGGUAGCCUGAAGGUUGUACCAAUAUUUUUGUCCAACUGUCCAGCAGAAAAUCAAUAGACGUAUUUCACAAAAUGUCAAACUAUUCCCUAAAUAUGUUACAUGACAUUAGAUUAUGAAGGAUUUGUUAAAUCUUUUUGGUAUACAUUUAUAAUCAUGAUAUAUUGUUUGUUUGGUACUCAGCUUGCAAAAUAUGCGUGCAGCACAAGUAGGAAAAUGUUUGUGUGUAAUUUUGUCUUCUUUGCAAGGAUACUGCAGCAAGUUAAAAUAGACCUUUGAACCGAUAGAAUGAACACUUUGACCUCUCAGUUCUGCAGCUUCACAUUUUCUUUUACACAUUUCUUCACUUCUGUUCCCAGAAUCUCUUCUGCAGACAUGUUUUCUGAAUUGAUCCCUGAUUGUAUCGUCCCCUCAAGCAAUUUAAAGUCCAGAUUAGGAACAUAUUGUACUGCCUGUGCACUCGUGCUAAAGCUGAAAUGUAAUUAAUGAGAACAGAAGAGACAAGUAUUCAAUGAGUUGGUUACAGGAAUGAGGCUGGACAUCUUAAAUUGUGUAUUUUCUUUUAAUUUAGACGCUUAUCAUGUGUGUGAUUUUUGACCAGAAGCCAUUAAUCUGAGCUCUCUCUUCUUACAAAUGCCUUGGACCUUUCUUUGUGAUCAUUAUCAGUAAAGGCUUUUUUAAACAAUAUAUUUUUUUUGCUAUCCAUUUUAUAAAAAAAAAAAGGGCUUUUCAUCUUUUUGCUUUGAUGCAUGAUGUGUUGAUUAUGUUUUGUUUUUAUAUGUUUCAUAUUCUAUACAGUAUUGUUUUAUAAAAGUGUUUCUCAAGGCCCUUAUUGUAUGUAUUUUCUAUGAGCAUUUUGUAUUCCAUGUUUAUACUUUUAGUAGAUUUAUAUGAUGUAAUAAAUGGGCUCAUACAAAUGUU